CACCGAUAUCGUGAAUACCUCUUACAGAUGCAGCUUGACGCACCCGACAACCAUGCUGGCGCGGCGGAGGCCCAUGGCGACGCACAUGCGCUGCUUCCACCGGUCGAUGUAUUGGAGAAUGGAUUGAUAGCUCUGAUUGCUCCAACGGAGGGGUCCUCGUUGGUGCACUGUGAAGGUGCUAGGAGAAAGCUGCAGGACUCGUUGCUGGCUGCUGCCGUGGCGUGGGUCGAAUUGAUUGCAUUCAUGGGUGAAACAUUCUUCGCUAUGAUCUUGUCGCUAGUUUGUCGAUCUUGCGCGGCCGCCGCCAUCCAGGUCGUCCUGUCUACUUCGACGACAUCCAGCGUAUGCGAAAGCUUGUGGGAUGCCACGUUUGUGUGCCUCUACGUCCUGCGUCGGUCCGCAUCAAACUUUCACCAGCCUUCGUUGCGAGCGUGGAUCCGUCGGCUUGGGCUAUAUCCAUUCUCGUUGUCGUCGCUCGCGAUUGCAUGGAUCGUGUACCAAGUCGUGGGGUUUCUUGCCGUCUGGAGCUAUCAGCGCCACACGAACGAGUGGAUUUGGAGCUGGGGCAACUAUUACAGCGUCGACGGCACAAGCGCGACCCACGAGCUCCAGCGAUCGCACAUUCUCGAGAUUCUCGUGCUGUCUCCGAUCAAAGAAGAGCUCGUGUUUCGAGGGGUGGCCUUUCACGUGCUUUCGAAUCGAGUUCCCAACCACCCAAAGGCAGCCGCGUUGUGCGUCAGCAUCGUGUUUGGAUGCACGCACUUGGUCAAUUUGAUGCAUGCCAAGUUUUCCGUGCUCUACGUUGCGAUUCAAACGUGCCUCGGCGUUCAAAUCGGCUUCUUUUACGGGCUCCAGUACCUCCACACCGGGUCCCUGUUUCAAGUGAUCGUGCUGCAUAUCGUGAACAACUUGUUGUCGAGCUUUACGUCGACGCAAAUGGACAUCACGGCGUCGGCGCUCCUGCAAUUCCUACGUACGUGCGACUGUGAGCCCGGCAUAUGCCGUGAAUCGCAAACGGCGCCAUGAAUGGACUCGGUCCACAAUGUCUUGAUCGAUCGACUUGUCUAGUGUGGCAUUCCGUCGUGCUUUACGGUCUCUUGAUUCGAUGGUCGAUGGCCCAACUCUGCGCAAAGGCAGCACGUCCAGGAAGCGCCUUCAAACGCGACUAAACAAGUGCCGAGUACUCUACCGUUGCGACGCGCCGUACGACGGACGGAGUGUCGCCCCACUGUGGACAACAACAUCGUCGGCUUCGGCGCUAAAACGUCGACCUGGUCAAGCCUUGAUAUCUCCACCGCAGCACUACCGUUUCGACCAUUGAAAGCCGAUGCCAAAGGCGCGAUAUGUUCGAAUUCCAGCGUCGUGUGAUGUAGAUGGCGUUUGCAAACGAGCGACGCGCUGGUCGGUCGGCCAUGGGUAGUCCCCUUUUGCCAAAGGAGAGCUCGGUCGAGCGCCACGAUCGCCCACACACACACAGCGCGUAUUCAGGACGUUGGACGGCGCCGUUCUAGAGCACGGCGUGCGACGCCAUCG